UAAAACAUUGAGACUUCGCGACAUCUAGUGAAGUUGUUUUAGGUUAACAUGGCAUCAGCUUGGGAAGAGGUGAAACGUCUUGCAGCAGAUUUUCAAAGAGCUCAGCUAACUUCUUCAGUCCAAAGGUUGUCUGAAAGAAACUGUGUAGAGAUUGUGAAGAAGCUACUGGAGCAGAAAUUAAUUGAAGUAAUCUUCACAGUUGAUGGCAAGGAGUAUAUUACACCAAAGCAUCUGGUGAAGGAGAUUAAGGAUGAACUGAUUGUUCAUGGAGGAAGGAUCUACUUGGUUGAACUUGCACAGUUGCUUUCUGUGGACUUCAGUCACAUUGAAGCUAAAGCUAGUGAACUUGCCAAAGCAGAGCAAGGAAUAAAACUUGUUCUUGGUCAAUUAAUUAACAGUGAUUAUCUUAAUCACUUGGCAGAAGAAAUUGAUGAGAAACUACAGCAGUCAGGCCAGAUUACUAUAGGAGAGCUAACUAAAGUUUAUGAUUUACCUGCAGAUUUUUUGGAAGAGGAGGUGAAAUUAAGAUUGGGGACCAUCAUUCAUGGACAAGCUGACCUGUAUGAUCCCAGGACAAUUUUUACAGAAGCUUAUAUAACCCAACAUAAAUAUCAUAUUCGUGGAGUCUUAUCAGCUGUUACCAGGCCCAUUCAACUAACAAACUUCAUCAAUCAGUAUGGAUUUCCAGAAAGAUUGUUUCACUCGGUAAUUGAAGAGCUGAUACAAGACAACCGAUUAACAGGAAGUGUGUCAGGUGGCCGUACUGAAAGAUCAUCUUAUAUUCCUAGUAUUUAUGCCAAAUCUCAGAAUGAAUGGGUUGAUUCAUUCUACACACAGAAUGGAUACUUAGAAUAUGAUUCCCUAGUUCGACUUGGAAUUCAGGAUCCAAAGAACCACAUCAAAAAAAGAUACAAAGAUGAAUCGUUAAUGUUUUUGAGUUCUGGAUGUGUUGGUGGAGCUAUUGUAGAGCAGGUUGAGGCCGCAGUUGAUGAAGCUCUGACAUCAGGAUCUUGGGUUGAUGUUAUGCCACUGCUGCCAUCAGUUUUCACUGUGGAAGAUGUCCAGCAUAUCUUGAACUCUGUGUUAAAGGUUAAGAUCAAACAGAAUGCACCGAUCCAUACAUUUAUCCAUACAGUUGUCUUCAGUGAUCUGUUCUUUCAAAAAUGUCUUGAGCCUUUUAAUGCACUAAUGACAGAAAAAGCAAAAGAAGAUGUGGCUAAAGGUAAGUUCCUUUCAAAACUUCAAACAACAAGAAACUCGUCAGGGAAAGGAGAGAAACAAGAAAGUAAAACUAAAGAAGAACGAAGAAAAAAAGCUGCAGUUGGAAAAAGUGGAGGAGGUACUCAAGGCCGUGAGACUAAAACAAAGGCUGUGAAAAAGAAGUACAAACCUGGAGAAGAUUCAGAAUCUGAGGAAGAAUACAUAGGCUCUUCUCUUUCAAAGCAAGGAGAAUUGGAAUUUCUUACUGUUGUGGAAAUCGAAGAAAAAUUGGUUAGCUUGCCAAUACUACAUGAGUGUCCAGAAGAUUUGCUGUCUGAGCUGGCCCAGUAUAUUUAUAGGCCUCUCACUAAGAAAUACCAGGAGGAAGUUAAAUCUGCAUUUCUUUCCUCAACUGCUGCCUCUAGUUCCACAAGGAAGAAAACACAUGGAGAACUACAGGAUAAGUUGAACACAAUGUUUGGAGAAGUCCACAUGUUCUACAAAGGUGUAAAAGUAUUCCAGGAGGACAUUCAAAUCCAGCUUACUAAGCACUUGUUGAAAACAAUUUGCACUGAUAUGGUCAACACUGUGGUCAACUACUUGGCUAUAGAACACAGAAUGUAUGCUGAAAAGGAUGCAUCUAUUUCUUUAACAUCAGAGAACAGACUGAAGCUCAUCUCCAAGUUACCUGAGAACUUGAAAGAUCCCCUUCAAAAGCUUCAUAACUCAGUGGGAGGAAAGUCUGUAGAUGAUUUCCUGAUACAAAUGGAUAAUGUUCUUGGACCAGGUGUAUGUGACAUGGUGGCUAAAAAGAUGGAUAAAAAAAGAGAAAGACAACUCGUACAUACACAUCGACAGGAACUUAUUAGUCAACUUGCUGAAUGCUCAGAUCCAGCAUUAUGUCUUCACUUAGCUGUUCUUCUGAUUUUUCAAAUUCAAACUUCAUCCAUGCUACAUGCUUCUGGGAAGUUUGUUCCACAAAUCAUUUCAUUCUUACAACUUAAAAUUCCUGAGGAGGUGUACAAGGUACUGAUUGAUUGUCAAGAAAAUGUGGUCAAGCAGCUGACCAGAGGAAGUGAUGAUGAGAAAGAAGAAAUCCAAGCCAGACUGAAAGAACUCGUACCUAGAGUUAAAGAAGUAGCUACAACAUACAAGAGAGUUGCAGAAGGAAGUGCCUAAUACUGACAUGUUGCAGUUUUUGUAGAUAUAAAUACAUAUGUAAUGGUUUAUAUUGUAGAAAGCAUGUUUGGUGUGUCUUCAAUAAUAAUCGUCUAUUUUUUACUUUCUGUAACUGCUUCUUAGAGCAAGUUAGUUUAACUGUGCAAGUUCAUUAUGUGAGGUUGUUGGGGUCAUUUAUACCACUUUUUUUUAUUAGAAAAAACAUUUAAACUCUAUGGUGACAGAAACUUAUGGUUUAUGCUUAACUUUUAAAACCUAGUGUAUGCAAUGGGUAGAGAAUUGCAAUUCCUUUAUCCUCCAUAUAGCCUUUUCAGCACUUUCAUAAACAUAUUGAAAGUGCUUAACAGUAUGUACAAAAAAUAACUUUUACAUAAAAAAUUAAAUAAAAGAAUUAAAUAAUUCUUGGGUUAUUUUUGGUAAGGCAUGAUUUUUGUUACUUAGUACCAAAACUUACAAAUUCUUAAAAAAUAAAGUGUUCUUAAAUAUCUGGAUAAUGUUUUUUUUAUAUGUAAAUGGAAUCAGUAAAUUAGAGAGAUGAUCAACAAGUGUGUAGGUGACAAAAAUGUAACCAGAACAAACCAUAUAUGAUGGAUUUAGAUCAGUAUAAGACACAAGAAACUCUCAAGUUAACUUUUCUAUUUAUUUGUAUGCUAAAAAAAAAGAUUGAUAUAUAAGGUUGAAUAUGGUGUAAGAAAUAAAUUUAGGUUUGGCUUAUAUAAAAAGUGUGCAAUGAAAGA